UCCUUGGGAACGGGCUCCGGGACACCCUCCUGGGAACGGGCUCCAGGACACCCUCCCCGGGAACGGGCUCCGUUAGCGAGCAGAGCCCGGAGCAGCCCGGUUACCGGACUCACCGCGGGCCGCUCACCGCGGGCUGAGCUGGGGACAGGGGACAGCUGCUCGUCGCUCAGCAGGUCAUGUCGGUUCUUCCAGAUCUUCACCUGCAGUAUGUGCAGGCCUGUCAAGAUCUGAGCCAGCCUGAAAACCCCUUCAUUGCUCGUGUGCUUCAAGAAGCUGAUAAAAGUGAUGAAAUAAGUACAAAAGGAAUCACAUUAAAAUUAGCUGGAAAUAAUCAUCUGGUGCCUGUGCCAAGAGUUACAGAUGAUGAUCUUGGAGUUCUUGUCUCUGUCUUAGAACAAGCUGCCUUUGUCACAGGUUUGGAUCUUGCCUAUAAUUUAUUGACUGAUGCUGGAGCAAAGACCAUAGCAACAUUCCUCCAGGAAAACUCCACUCUGCAGUAUCUGAACCUGAUGUUCAAUGACAUUGGCACAAGUGGGGCAGAGCUGAUAGCAGAAGCCCUCCAUAGCAAUCGAAGUCUUGUGCACCUGAGAAUGACUGGAAACAAAAUAGGAAACCAAGGUGGGAUGUUCAUUGCCUCAAUGCUAGAAAUUAAUUCAACCUUAGAGAAGUUGGAUCUUGGAGACUGUGAUGUGGGCCUGCAGUGUCUGGUAGCAACAGCCAUAGCCCUGACUCAGAACAAAUCACUCAAAGCCAUAAACCUAACUCGUCCUUUGCUAUCCAGCAAAAAGGGAGAAUCCACAGUUCAUAUAGCUCGGAUGUUGAUAAGUAAUUCUUCUCUUGUGGAACUACACUUGGGCAAGCAUGAAAUGAAAAACUUUGGUGUAGAGCGACUGUGUGAGGCCCUUUAUAGAAACUCCAGCCUGAGAUACCUCGACCUUAGCUGUAAUAACAUAACCUGUGAUGGUGCAAAAGUUUUGGGAGAGCUACUAAAAAGGAACAAAACCCUGAGGAUCCUGGAUCUUGGUGCAAACCGAAUAGAAGAUGUCGGAGCCAUUUACCUGAGUGAGGCCUUGGAAACAAUGAACAUGACUCUGCAGGCGUUGUCCAUUGUAAGCAACAAUAUAACUGGUGAAGGACUUGUAGCUCUUGCAAAAGCAAUGCAACCCAACACGACACUUUCCCAUAUUUACAUCUGGGGGAACAAAAUUGAUAAAGACACCUCUGUGGCGUUCUGGGAGCUGAUCGAGAUGGGCCGCCUGCAGCUGGGCUGCACAGACGUGGCUCCCUACGAGGCGGACGGGGAGGUUCUCCUGGCAGAGCUGUCCCACGGGCUGGGCAAGCACCGCUACUGGAGCCCGCGCUCCGCCGCCGUGGCCCCCGGCGCCGCCAACGCCAGCCUGCAAAUCGUGGCUGUCUCGGAGUAUUUGUGACAUUCUGAUAGUGUCAGUGCUGACACACUGGUGACAGAAUUUCUUGCUAAAACACCACUACAAGACUCAGACAGGUAUUUUUUCCAUGCAUCUUCCUUUCCCUUGCCAGAUAUAUGAAGUUCAGUCUAAUUUCAUUGCUCAAAUUAAGUCUUAAUUUACUUGAAUGAAUAACAUUUGUUAGUCUGAGGUGGUAUCAGGUACCCAACUCUACAAACAGCAGUAUGUUGGUUUUCAUGAUGUGAUAAGAUGGCAACAAUACCACAGUCAAAAUAUAUCAGGUAAAAUGGCAUUUAAAAGUGCUGGUGUCUGUGUUUGAAGUAUUUGCACUCUGUCUGAACCCUUGUUUAACAGCAACUUGUUCAGCCCAUAAAGCCCUCUUCAUUACUGACAAUAGCCAUAAAAACAGCUCAUGUGUUACAGUUUUCUUUGAUAUUUCUUUGUAAGAAAGGGCUGCAGAGGAAUUCCUACUACUAAAACAAUUAUUUGUGCAAAACCCGGUACUACUCAAAGAGGCCUGUGCCAGAGACUUUUAUUUCUUCCUUUCUCUGACCCUGAAAUGCUUAGAAAAUAUAUUUUGUGUUCUUUGGAACGAGAGAAUUUACAUAGGCUACAUUUAUUUUGCCAUGUUCUUCUGAGUUAUUCAGAAAGUAAAGUAAGCAUAAUCCUGCUCUGAAAACCAUUUUUUCAGCUUUCAGACCUCCCUGUACCUCACUGAAAGGCAGCAUUUCCCCCCCAGUUUUAGAGGAGAGGCAAAUGAAGUCAAGUGACUGCUCCAGCAGGACAGGGGUGCAGCAGAGGUCCCCCAAAUCCUCCUGUGUGCUCCAGGGGCUCCCAUGGCCCUCGUGCCAGGGUGGUGACAGGGGCUGUGUCUGACUGGAUCCCUCCUGCUUUUGUUGCUACCCCUUGCAGUUAUAAACAGGAGACACAAGGUGAGGGAAAAUUAUAAAACAAGUUUAUUAAAGUCUAACAUAAAACACUUCAGGCUAAAUAUGUACAACUCCCUCCCUUCCCAGGGGAUUAUAAAAUUGAGAGUUGAGGUAUAUACAAAUAACAAAGGAAAAAUUGUAUAUACAUGACAGAUACUUUAAAAAUAAUUUAACUAAAAAAGACAGUUAUUAGUCCUUAUCUGAACUUUGUUCUGCAAGGCUUAUUGAGCCUCUCCGGGAUCACAGCCCUGAAAUCCUUCAUGUGGGAACUGUCUGUACUUGAAAAUUGUUUUGUAGCACAUGAUUUCAGAAAGGUUGUCAUGCUUUGUGCCCUCUUAGAGGCACUAAUUUAGAAGUCAAUGUGAUACAAAGAGCUAUUCUCACCUAAGGACUUCCAAACAGUCAAUUCAGAGAUUCAGAGAUGUAGAUAAGCUAUUCAGGCAAAACUUGCACCGACUUCAGUGCAAAAUUGACUGAAACAGCAGUGUGACAAAACAUCUCAUAUUCUUUGUAUUACUCUUAACAGAAUUAUUGAAAUUCCUUUUCUUUUGCAAGGACACAUGACUAAAAAGAUUCCAUGCUCUCCCAUAUUAAUCCCUUACAGAAAUUACCAAUACUGUUAUAAUCCUUGUACUUCAAAAUGAACCCUUAAGCCUAGGACUUACAUGUGCAGCUGAUUUCCAUGCAUCUAUUGGCAAAAGGUACAGUCCAGACCUACAGCCUGAACACACCUACAAAUAUAUAUAUAUAUUUAUAUAUAUUUAUUUAUUUAAAAUCUAUAUUCUAGUAAAUGAAUACAGUUGGUAGAGAUCAUACCUCAGCAGCUGAGAUAUCUUCACAAAAGAUGAGGAUAAAAAUCAAGAUUCUCAGAUGGGGACUCAAGAGUGCAGGUCACUAAAUUAUUGCUCCAAGCAAAACUACAAGCCUGUGUAUUCUAUUAAGAAAGGUUAAAAUUGUUGUCUUGUAAAAAAUAAUGAAUAUCUUCUUGUCUAUAAAGAAAACUAAAUGACUAAUAAAGCAACUGUUACUGUUAUAAGUAUCUAAACAAAUCCUGUAUAAAUCUAAGCACUGUAUUUUUUAAAAAAGUCUGAAAUCUAAGAAUACAGUAAUAAGCUAUAAUUUUAGAAAUAUAAAACCAGUCCAAACAAACACUGUUAUGGAAUGCAUUUUCUAUGUAGGAAUGUAGUUAUUGUUUAGGUUUCUUUCCAGAGCUAUUCUCUCUCCUGGUCAUUUCUCCUGGAUGUGUUUAUCCUGAGCUGCUCUUCCUCCAGUACCAGCAGCAUAUCAUUAGUUUGUCUUCCAAAGCUGUUUAAAUAUGCAAGUUAUCAGUUUUUUUCUUUCUCAGCACUCAUGACUAAACCUAUCCCAAGAUUUCUGCUCUACUUUCAGAGAGAGACAGCAAAGAGGAAGCUUAGUACAAGCUACAUACAGUCAAAAUCCUGAUUUUGUGAUUCUUCAGUCUUAAAGGGCAAGGCUGAGGAAUCCCUCAGGGGCUACACCAGCUACAGAAGCUGACAGAGACAAGAGGGGACACAGAGGGAAAUGCCAAGAAAGAGAAUACUAGAGAACUUUAUCCUUUGUCAUUGCCAGCAUUAUGAACAUCAGCUGUUCAUAAGUGUUGUGGGACAGACAAGCAGAGAAAUUAAAGUAAUUAGCUCCAGUAGGGACAGUGUAAAAGAUUCCUGCAUUAGGGAUGUUCCUGUUGAACAUGGCUGUACUCCUGCUGGCCAUGGUAGGCUUCAUCAGCAAAUCCACCAUGUAUUAAAGCAUAAAAUGUGACCAAGCAGCAGGUUAUAGACACGCCCCAUACUAAAAUGAUCAAUGCAAAGCAGCAAAAGGUCUAUUACUUUACAAAUACAAACAUGUAGGAAGAGAAAAAAAAAUUAUAGUCACACUCAGGAGUCAAGGGAGCAUUUUCAGACUCUUUAAAUGAAAUCCUUCAAGAAAAUUUUCACAAGUCUGUUUGAUUAAGGUGCAGAUUAAUUAUUACUCCAUGUAGAAUGGAAUCAGUAAAGAGGUAUCUUCUAUGCUCUUCUAUUUAUCAGCGUCUGGACACAAGGCAUCGGUGGAAAUAAAUGCUAGCACCAAGGAAAUAACCAACAAAGGACAGCUUUAAAUGCAUUGUUGGUACAGUAUCACGACUGUUUCAUUACUGUUUGAUGAUUACAUAAAUAAUGCUUACAAUUGCUAAUGGCACCAACUGGCAAAAUGGAGUAGAAAAGUACUUCUAUUGUCACCUAGUCUUUUAUGACCCUACCAAGACAUUAAAAUGUUGCUUUUUAAAUAUGUCUCUUGCUAGUUAUAAAGCCUGUCUUUACCUGGGCCUUGCUAGGUACCAGUUUUGUGCAGUUACUGUGAACAAGUGACAUGAGAGGUAAAGCAAUACAAAAAACUUUAAUUAAAACAAGUCAGUCAAACUCUAACAAAACCUUGCUUGGAAGAAUAUCACUCUGCUCCAUUGUAUUAUUCUUUAAUGCCUCCUCAUGUAGUGUUCACUUAUUAUUUUCACAGUGAAGGGCGGGAUUUAUUUCCUCUUUUGUACCUCCUAUCUAGCACAAGAAGCAGCACUACAGCAAACAAAGGGAUUAUGAAGCUCUGAUUCAUGCCUCACUAAUUAACUCACUGCAUCUUUUCUCCUCAUCUACAACAUGCAUGUCCCAGCUCUCCUUUUGUUGCUGUUUGUGCCAAACCCAGGGUGUUUUAGAGAUGUGAAAAAUAAAUCUGAGACAAGAUACAACAAUGCUGGAUUCACUUCUACAAACAAACAAACAAACAAA